CAAUUCUGAAACGUCAGAAAAAAAAAUUAAACGUCAAAAGCUCGGGAUUGGUAAUUCAAGAGGUACAUAUAAAAAGUUGGAAACAAGGAGAUGAUAAACAGACAAUUUUGUUGGAAAGAUGGAUAAAUACACCAUUGAUUUGGACCAGCUUCUGGACGAUUUCGAAUACAGCGAGCUGACCGAUCAGCAUUCUCAUCGUGAAAAAUCUGCGCACAACUCCAAGAAUGCAUCUCAAAAUUCAAUCACCAAACACAGCAUCAACACAGUUUUCCAUAGCUUGAAUGAAUAUCUGAGUACCAAUGUCAGCAAAGGCGAAAGUGUUUCCAGCAAUUCUGACAAUAACAAUAGUGAGAACAAUCUUUCUGCGAGCAAAGACCAAAAAGUAACUGCUGAAGCAGUAUUGGAAAGUGAUGAUAAAAUUAAGACUGAUAGAGCUGUGGAUGUUAAAGAUGUUGAUAUUUGGGAUGCAUCUGCUGACCCAAAGUGUAAUGGAGACAACAAUUAUGGAAAUAACUCCAUUCUUAAACAAGAUUAUAUAACAUCCAAAGAAAUGGUAACUGAAUAUAGUGCACUAUUACCUGAUGAACAAUAUCAAGAUUUUAGCCCUAAGGAAGAAAAACUUAUAGAUAUUGAUUGUGAAUUAGAAUGUUCAACUGAAACCAAAAAUGGUGCAGCAGAAAGCCUUGAAGAAAAUGUUGAAAAUUUAACUUUGGAUUUACUUGAGGAGAAGAAAGAUCUUGUAAAACUUGAAUAUCUUCAGGCAGAUGUAAAUAUUACAAAACAGGUUGUUGUAGACAGUAACACAAAAUGUGAUGUGAAUGAAGAAAAGGAAGAAUGUGGUGAUUUGCAAGAGCACCAAUUAGAUCUAUUAGAAGAACAGUUAUUGGAAAAAAAAGAGAAAAAUAUUAUUGUUGAUAAAGAUGUUGAAGACUGUGAGGAAUUUCUGAAAAAGGAAGGAGAAAAAUUGGACAACAGGGAAGGCCAAUGUGUUCUAAAGGAAGAACAAACUCAAUCAAACCUUCAAGUCGAAGAAGAAGUGGAACAUGUUGAGUGCUUUGAAGAUGCAAAACAGGAUAAUAACGAAUUGGAUGAAAGAGAUGUAUGUAACAUAGCAAAAGAAGAAAUCAAAAAUGUGCCUGAUGCAGAUAUUGAAAGGAAUAGUGCAGAUGACUUGGUCAUUGGAUUUGCUAAGGACGUGGAUGUAGAUGAAAAUGAACUCGCAGAAAUGUUAGAAGAAUUAGAGAAGGAAGAAAAUGAGUUGAAUGAGAAUAGCUCCAGUACAAUGGAACAAGAAAUAAUGGCAAACGAAUCUGAUGCUAUAGUGACAAAUCAACAUGGGAAUACAGAAGGAACAUGCAAGGUAGAACGUAUUGAGGAAAUGGUUAAAACUGAAGAAUUAAAUAACACGAAUGAGGAAUGCAAGAAAGAAAUUGUGCAGAGACCUCAAGAUUUGCCUUUGAACAAUGAGAAAAAGAGAGAUCAAGUCCGGAAAAUUGAUUUAAUCGGGGAUCCUGGAUCUACCCCAUAUAAUAAUGUCUAUGUUAACAAAAACAUGAACAAGAAAGAGACGGAAGCUAACGACAGUGAGGGGGAAUACUCAUCAGCUUCUCCUACUUUCUCUGACUUAUCGACAGAUAGUACUAGUACCGCUUCCACAAUCUCGGUAGGGGAUAUAGAGUCAAAACAAAAAGAUAUUAAUGCAGAAACGCUGGUUGAGAAAGGAGUGGCAAAGUUGGAGCACCAGUUGGCUGAUGAUACUGAGCACAAAAAACCAUCUACUAGCGGUGAACCAUCGGAAAGUGGGCAGGGCGAUGUCAAAACAAGUACCGUCCAAGCCAGCGGCAGCACCACCAGUUUUUUGGAUAAGUCGUGGUUGGGAAGAGAGGCCCCCUUGUGGAUUCCGGACUCGGACGCCAGUGCUUGCCUGCAUUGCGACACGAAAUUCACCAUGAUCAAACGCCGCCAUCACUGCCGAGCGUGCGGCCUCGUGUUGUGCUCCAAAUGUUGCAACCUCAAGUUCAGACUUCAAUAUUUGGACGCCGAGGCUAGGGUGUGCCAAAAGUGUUACGCCAUAUUGAAUAAGGACCAAUCCGGCAUUAAUCAGGACCAAGACCCAGUGGUGGAAAUGGAAAAUCCUUUGGCGUUCAGACCGAACCCGAACAACCCACUGGAAUACUGCUCGACCGUGUCACCCUUGCAGCAAGCUGAGCAGAUGAGUUCGAACCCCCCGGCUGUCAUGGUGCCGGUGGGCGUUCUAAAACGAAAAGGUUCCAACAAGUCGAAAACGAACAAGUCGGUGAUGUUCUGUGACGGUAUCGCCCCCGGGAGCGACCUGACGAACUUGGACAACGAUUUUAAUUACAAUCAAGGCCGUAAAGGUGGCGCCAAAAAUGAGGGAAAUGAAGUGAAGGCGCCAAGCCCCGAAAAAUCAAACUGCGAAACCCUCAAGGUGGACGUUCAAAUGCGGUCGUUCAUUCCCGAGGAUGAGAAAGCACUCCCACCUACCGUCAGCAAAAGUAAAACAGCCGUUUCAUAUACCGACUGUCUGAAUUCACCGGGCGUAGUGGAGAUGCUCAAAAACGAGACGCUGACGUUCGCAAUCAACCCUAACCUCUUCGUGCACGUCAGGAUCAUAAACAUGAGCUGUUGCAUCAACAAGGAGGCGUGGUGUUUCACCACCGAUGGUCUCGUGAACGUCGGCAACGACGAGAUCGUAAUUCUACUCGAGUUUACCAAAGAGGAGAUUAGCGUGCCGAAGGAUCUGUUCUUUCACAUCCACAACGUGUACGUGGACGCCGUAAGGGGCACUUCGGUGAAGGAGCUAGGAAUCUCGUUGCACGACUCGGGCAAUUUCCUCGGCUCGAAGAACCACGCGGGCUUCGUUUACAUCAAACCGACGUUUCAGUGCUUGGAGAACGUCAUCAGGCCGAGGGAACCGUUUUUGAUCGGCAUACUGAUUCACAGGUGGGAGACGCCGUGGGCGAAGCUGUUUCCUUUGAGGCUAAUUUUGAGGUUAGGCGCCGAGUAUAGGUACUACCCGAGUCCGAUCAUAUCCACUCGACAUCGCGACAGCGUUUUCGUCGAAAUCGGCCACACGAUUAUCAAUUUGCUCGCGGAUUUUCGGAAUUUCAGCUACACCCUACCUCAGAUCCGGGGCCUGAUCAUUCACAUGGAAGACAAGAACACCAGGGUCAUCAUUCCCAAGAAUCGAUACGACCAGGUUAUGAAAUCGUUGAGCACCGCCGAGGACCACAUCUUGGCGUUCGCCGGCAAUUUCAGCCCCGACGCCGACUCCCACCUGGUGUGCAUCCAAGACACCCAGAACAACGAGAACAGUUACGCCACCCACGCCAUCAACAUCCACAACAAACCCAGAAAAGUUACCGGGGCGAGUUUCAUCAUCUUCAACGGCGCCUUAAAACCAUCCAGCGGCCUAACGGCCAAAUCAAACAUCGUCGAGGACGGUCUUAUGAUUCAAGUGUUGCCCGAGCACAUGGCCCAAAUACGGGACAGCUUGCGCGCUAUGAAGGACCACAGAAUCGCUUGCGGGUGCGUGGACGCCGCCUCCGACGAGACCGUUAGCAUCGUCUGGGGCGAAAACGACGUCGAUUUUAACGUGGGCGUAAAAUCGCCUGUCGAUGAGAUGGCGAUGGGCGGCAUACCGUCCAUAAGGGUACACAACGGUAAAGAUUACCCGGGUACAAGCGGGAACCGGGUUAUGAGAUGGACGGAGGUGUUCAUAAUACAGAAUAGCGAAGAGACUUCGCUUAACCACGACACGGUCGACAUAUCGAAGCUGUCCGAGAGCAUAGCCAAGGCGAGCUGUACCGCGUUGGUCAAGUAUUUAGACUUGCUGGUGUCGAACAAUUGCCAAAAAAUCGCGAUCAGAGUCAAUUUGGACACCGAAAACGUGUCUUAUUCGGCGGGAAGUAACGGCGUCAAACUUCCACCUAUUUACAUGAAAAGUCUGGAUAACGAGUUGGUUCCAGUGCUCCACAGGCUGACUGCCAACGGGUUCGGAGAUAAUGUGAUAGUUUUAGAGUUAAUUUUUCGGAUAUUGAACGCGUGA